UUAUUUAUUUAUUUUUUUAAUUUAUCAUGAAUUGGUAUGCAACAUUUUGGUAUAAAUACAAAAGUCUCUAAAAAAGAAAAGCAGUUCUUGUUUUGUCUUUUUCUCAUACAUCCCCUGUCACAACUCUAAAAUAAAAAAAAAUGAAUAAGCCAUUACCUAUCAAGCCACCUCGAAGUAUGAAGAAGCAACCGGUACGGAACCCUACUUAUUCCUUGUUUGAUACCAUGACACCUUCUCUUGAUUGGUUAAACACAAGCAAAAGGAAGCAUUCUUUUUCAUCCUCAUUUGAAGAUGUCACAAGUACUGACCACAAGGAUGGAGGAGAAGGAGGAGGAGGAGGAGGAUUUUGGCGUCGUGCAUCCUUACCCAAUUAUUUCACGAGUGUCAAACAAGAUUGUGACCAUUCGAUGUUGAAUGUUUGUCAAGACUGUAUUACAAAGGUUUCAUCACCUUCCUCCUUUACAACGUUUGACUUGCCAAAAGAGCCUUCGUUUACUAUUCCUCCCUUUCUCGACUCCUCCUUUUCUCCUUGCUCUUCCUUCAUUUAUCCAGAUGAGGCCUUUUUUAUUGGUGAUUUAUUGUCGCCUUCUACUUCUUUGGAUUCUUUCUCUGACCUGAAUACAUUUUAUUGUAUAAAAAUCACCAAUAUUCCUUGGGAUAUCUCUCAAAAGGAUAUUCGAUUAUUUUUUAAAGAUUUUGAAUUUCCAUCACCAUCGUUACAUGCUCAAUCCAUUCAUAUUAUGAUGGAUCGUAUGACGGGUAAAACGUUAUCCUGUUGUUAUCUCGAAUUUAUGACUGAAAGGGAAGCACAACGAGCGAUGGAUUUUGGUAACCAAAGGAUGUUAAAAAACCGACCGGUGACGAUCCAUCGGUGUUCCAGUGCGGAAUUUUUGUCGACGACCUUUCCCAAAUGGCAAAGUGGGUUUAUGGGCCAUCGAGCCAACGAGCCAACACAAACCGUAUUUCAACCGUUUAUCACGUCGGAAGAAAUGAAUUCCAUUCUGGUGAUCUGUAAAAAUUAUAAAUUGCAUUUUUCAAGAAAGUGUGCCGAAAGACCGUUUGAAAAUAUUAUUUCCAUUGUCACCAAAUAUCCUUGGGAGAAUGAAUGGGUGACGGUGGUACAGAAGGACGCUAUUUUUGACAUGCUGAAAUCCUCCAUGGAUAUUUUGAAAUGUCAUUUGGCAAAAGAAGUGGUGCAUAUUGAUGAUUCUUUAUUACACAGAAUGGCAAGAGUGGGUAUUAUGUGUCCUGCUUUUACAGAGCCACAAAAAACGAGUUUACUUCAAACUGCUCAUAUUAAAUGUCCCAUGAUGGAUAUCGAAUCUUACAUGUUAAAAUCAAGGCCGCUGCCAUUAGAUCAUUCAUAUGUCCAUGUCACCACUGCCAACACAUCCUUACUCGAUAUCUUGAAUGCCUCACCUAGUGCAAGCAGAAAUGAAAGCGAUGAAGAGAGUUACUUUUUUUGUGAAAAAGAGGACGAUGAAGAAUCCUUUUGUCAGCUACAGCUUGUUCAGUGAGAGAGAGACAAAAAAAAUCCUGCAAUUUUUUUUUUUUUUUUUAUAUAUAUAUAUAUUUAUUUAAGCAUUUGUUGAUGUAUUAGAGGCCC